CGCCCCGGAAGUCGUGUUGACGGAAGUGGAGUGGCAGAAGCGACAGUUGCUAUGGAGCUCGCGGAGGACUGGCUAGUGGAGUCUUUGCGCUUGUACCAAGAUUUCCAUGCAUUUGACCUCUCAGGAGCCACUCGAGUGCUUGAGUGGAUUGGUGAAAAAGGAGUUUUUGUUGCUGGUUAUGAAAGUUUGAAAAAAAAUGAGAUUCUUCAUUUGAUACUACCUCUCAGACUCUCAGUGAAGGAAAACCAGGGUUUAUUUCCAGAGAGAGAUUUCAAAGUGCGCCACGGAGGGUUUGCAGACAGGUCUGUCUUUGACCUAAAGCACGUGCCAGAUACCAGGUUUCUGGUGACCAGUGGCCUUCCAGGGUGUUACUUACAGGUGUGGCAAAUUGGAGAGGACAAUGAUGUCAUUGAAGCUGUCAGUACCAUUGAUGUGCAGGACAAAGAGGAGCGCCUCUGGCCUCGGGUGUCUGUCUUCUCCUCCGUGGCACCUGGAAUCCUCUACGGGGCGAGGCUCAGUGGUCUGAGGACUGUGGACAUAGAAUCCCAGAAGAUCACAUACAGCUCAGGUACCAGUGACAGUGAGUCAUUGAGCAGCCUGCAGGUCCUCGAUGCGGACACCUUUGCUUUCUGUGGCACCUCAGGUCGGCUGGGACUUGUGGACACCCGCCAGAAAUGGGCACCAUUGGAGGCUCUCAGUCCCAGCCCUGGCUCUAGUGGACAGACAUGGUGUGCAGACAUUAGGAACAGGGGCCAAGGCCCUGGGCCCUGCGUCGCCAGCCUUGGCUCAGAUGGGCAGCUCUGUCUCCUUGACCCCCGGAAUCUCUGUCAUCCUGUGAGCUCAGCCCAGUGCCCAGUGUCCAAACCCAGCCCCAACCCAGAGCUGCUGCGAGUGACUUGGGCUCCAGGCCUGGACAACUGCUUGGCCAUUUCAGGCUUUGAUGGGACAGUGCAGAUCUAUGAUGUCACAUCGUGGCAUGGAAAGAAAAGCCCCGUGGAGCCUCUCUUCACUCACAAAGGCCACAUCUUCCUGGAUGGAAAUGAGAUUGCCACUGCUCCUCUGGUCACCACCCAUACCUGGCACCCUUGCAAACCCAGAACUUUGUUAUCAGCAGCAAGUGAUGCCUCUCUGCAUGUGUGGGACUGGGUGGACCUCCAGGCCCCCUGCUGACGUCAGUGGCUUCCCUCCUGGGCCUCUGAGGAUCUCAGAGUGGGAGUUGCUUGAAUGGCAAGGAUGCUGAUGCAGGCCGAGUGACCACAGGCCUACCACAGCUGUUGACUUGAGCCAAGUUAGCCUGCCCUUGUCCCUUUUUCUUAUCUAUAAAAUGAAGGUGGUAUUGACUUCCACCUUCAAUGGGGACUGUCACAAGUAUCCGAGCAGAGUUGGUAGGGUGUGUGGCACAUU